AUGGCUGCGGCGAUGGUCCCGGCGGAGUGGAUAACGAGCUGGGAGAAAUCGGGAAAAAACGAAUUUCUGAAGUUAUGCCGUGUGCUUAGUGAAAAUAAAGGCCAUGAAAAUAUGACUUUUAGAGAUAUUCAGCAGGCUUUCUAUGAGCUCUCAUGUCAUGUCAUACAAGGAAAUCUAAAGCAUGACCAAGCAGCUAAUGUUCUCAGCGAUAUUAUUGAAUUUCGUGAUGAUGUGCCCUCGAUUCUCGCUGAUGUAUUCUGCAUAUUAGAUAUUGAGACAGGUUGUUUAGAAGAAAAAAGUAAAAGAGACCAUUUCAUACAAUUAGUAUUAGCAUGUUUGUAUUUAGUUUCAGAAACAACUUUAAAAGAGCGCUUGGAACCAGAAACAUUGGAAUCAUUAGGACUUAUUAAACAAUCCCAGCAGUUUAAUCAGAAAUCUGUUAAAAUCAAGACAAAACUCUUUUAUAAGCAACAAAAAUUCAAUUUACUAAGAGAAGAGAAUGAAGGUUAUGCAAAGUUGAUUGCUGAACUGGGUCAAGAUUUAUCUGGACAUAUUACUAGUGACUUGAUCUUGGAAAAUAUAAAGUCUUUAAUAGGAUGCUUUAAUUUGGACCCCAACAGAGUUUUGGAUAUCAUAUUAGAAGUUUAUGAAUGCAGGCCAGAAUAUGAUGAAUUCUUUGUGUCUUUAAUCCAAUCUUACAUGUAUUUAUGUGAACCUGAAACACUCUGUCAUAUUCUUGGGUUCCGAUUCAAGUUUUACCAGGAUCCAAAUGGAGAAACUCCAUCAUCUUUGUAUAGAGUUGCAGCAGUACUGCUACAACAUAAUCUUACAGAUUUAGAGGAUCUUUAUGUACAUCUUCUUCUAUGAGGUGAAGCUGGUCUUGAAGAAUAUAAAAGAAUUGUGGAAGCUAAUAAUAGUGCUUGGCACACAAUGGGUGCUAAUAUAGAUGCUAUACCACAUGAUAACCAGAAACUUGGUUUAUUGGAAGCAUUAUUAAAGAUUGGUGAUUGGCAACAUGCUGAGAAUAUUAUGGAUCAGAUGCCUCUCUUUUAUGCUACUACACAGAAGACAAUAGCUUUUGCCCUUUGUCAGCUUAUCCAUGUAACUAUUGAACCUAUAUAUCGAAGACUUGGAAUACCUUUAGCUGCUAAAAAAAAAUCAAUUAUUUUUUUGGAAAACAAAAGAGCACCAAAGCAAGUAGAGAAUUUUGAAGACUUAAGAGAACAAGUAUUCAGUAUGCUCUCUCAUCUUGGUCCUAAUCUUUCUCAUGAUGCUAUUUUAUUUGCAAAAGUGGUACGCUUAGGAAAAGCAUUUAUGAAGGAGUUUCAGUCUGAUGGAAGUAAUGAAGAAGAUAAAGAGAAGAUGGAGAUUUUAUUUAGUUGUUUGCUUAGUAUUACUGACCAGGUCCUUCUUCCAUCUCUUACUUUGAUGGACUGUAAUGCUUGUAUGUCUGAAGAACUUUGGGGAAUGUUCAAAACAUUUCCUUAUCAGUACAGGUAUCGUUUAUAUGGCCAGUGGAAGAAUGAAACUUAUAAUAGUCAUCCACAUUUAAUAAAAGCUAAAGCCCAAACAAUUGAUAGAGCCAAAUAUAUUAUGAAACGUCUUACAAAAGAAAAUGUGAAGCCUUCUGGAAGACAGAUUGGGAAGCUUAGCCACAGUAACCCAACUAUUUUAUUUGAUUAUAUUUUAUCACAAGUACAAAAAUAUGAUAACUUAAUUACACCAGUAGUAGAUGCUUUGAAAUAUCUAACUUCUUUGAAUUAUGAUGUUUUGGCAUAUUGCAUUAUUGAAGCUCUAGCUAAUCCAGAGAAGGAGAGAAUGAAACAUAAUGACACAAAUAUUUCAAGCUGGCUUCAAAGUCUUGCUUGUUUCUGUGGUGCAGUUUUUCGCAAAUAUCCAAUUGAACUUGCUGGCCUUCUGCAAUAUGUGGCAAAUCAGCUAAAGGCAGGGAAAAGCUUUGAUCUACUUAUAUUGAAAGAGGUAGUACAAAAAAUGGCAGGAAUAGAAAUUACAGAAGAAAUUACAGUGGAACAAUUAGAGGCUAUGACUGGUGGAGAACAGCUAAAAGCUGAGGGUGGCUACUUUGGACAGAUCAGAAACACAAAAAAAUCUUCUCAGAGGUUAAAGGAUGCACUUUUGGAUCAUGAUCUUGCCCUUCCUUUAUGCUUACUAAUGGCUCAGCAGAGGAAUGGGGUAAUAUUCCAGGAAGGAGGAGAGAAACAUUUGAAACUUGUGGGAAAGUUGUAUGAUCAGUGUCAUGAUACCUUGGUACAGUUUGGUCGAUUUUUGGCAUCUAAUCUAAGCACAGAGGAUUAUAUUAAACGAGUGCCUUCAAUUGAUGUGCUCUGUAAUGAGUACCAUACACCCCAUGAUGCAGCAUUUUUCCUGUCUAGGCCAAUGUAUGCACACCAUAUUUCAUCAAAGUAUGAUGAACUUAAAAAAGCUGAAAAGGGAAAUAAACAGCAGCACAAAGUUCAUAAAUACAUUGCAUCCUGUGAAUUAGUGAUGGCUCCUGUCCAUGAAGCAGUGAUCUCUUUGCAUGUUUCUAAGGUGUGGGACGAUAUCAGUCCACAGUUCUAUGCUACAUUCUGGUCAUUAACAAUGUAUGACCUUGCAGUACCACAUAACAGCUAUGAAAGAGAAGUCCAUAAACUUAAAGUCCAGAUGAAAGCAAUUGAUGACAACCAGGAAAUGCCUCUAAAUAAAAAGAAGAAAGAAAAAGAACGCUGUACUGCUCUCCAGGAUAAACUUUUAGAAGAAGAGAAAAAACAGAUGGAACAUGUUCAGAGGGUUCUACAGAGACUAAAACUAGAAAAAGAUAAUUGGCUUUUAGCUAAGUCUACUAAAAAUGAGACCAUUACAAAAUUCCUACAGUUGUGUAUAUUUCCUCGGUGCAUUUUUUCAGCAAUUGAUGCUGUUUACUGUUCUCGUUUUGUGGAAUUGGUACACCAACAGAAAACUCCUAAUUUUUCCACUCUACUGUGUUAUGAUCGAGUUUUCUCUGAUAUAAUUUACACAGUGGCAAGUUGUACUGAAAAUGAAGCAAGUAGAUAUGGCAGAUUCUUGUGCUACAUGCUAGAGACUGUGACUAAGUGGCAUAGUGAUAGAACAAUAUAUGAAAAGGAAUGUGGUAAUUAUCCAGGCUUCCUUACCAUUUUAAGGGCAACUGGAUUUGAUGGUGGAAACAAAGCUGAUCAGUUAGACUAUGAGAAUUUCCGACAUGUUGUACACAAAUGGCACUAUAAACUAACAAAGGCUUCAGUACAUUGCCUUGAAACAGGUGAAUAUACUCAUAUCAGAAAUAUUUUGAUUGUACUCACAAAACUACUUCCUUGGUACCCAAAAGUCUUGAAUCUGGGUCAAGCUUUGGAAAGAAGAGUUCAUAAGAUCUGUCAAGAAGAAAAAGAUAAGAGGCCUGAUCUUUAUGCAUUGGCCAUGGGCUAUUCUGGGCAGUUGAAAAAUAAAAAACUAUUCAUGGUACCAGAAAAUGAAUUUCAUCACAAAGACCCUCCAUCAAGAAAUGUAGUUGCUGCACCCAUACAAAAUGGUGCUGGUGGUGUUGGACUUGCAUCACUAUCAAUAACUGCAGCUAAGAUGGAAGAAAGAAGUACUGUGGACACUGAAAAACUAAAGGAAAAGUUUCAAGGUUCUCUGAAAGUUUUUAGUAAAACAGCAUCAAAAAUGACUUUUAACAGCAGCAGCAAAAUUAUCAAAGAAAAUGAGAAAGAGAAAGAGAAAACUGGUAAAGAGAAAAAAGAAAAGAUUCCAUCUACUUUUGCUGAGGCUAAAUUACUUGGUAAAGAGAGUAAAGAAAAGCCAAAGGAUGAUCGGACAAACAAAGAUGAAAAAACAAGGGAGACAAAAGAAAAAAUACCUAGGAGUGACAAAGAAAAAGUUAAAAAGGAAGAAAAGGCUUUUAAAGAUGAAAAAUGUAAAAUGGGUGGGGCCAACAUAGAUUCAAAAUUGACUGUAGAAAAAGAAAGAGAAUCAUCCCGAGAAAGAGAUAUUCCUAAGGAAAACAAAGGAAAGGAAAGUGUAAAAGGAGAAAAAAUAGCAGUUAUUGGGUUCUUAAAGUCACCAGGUCUCCGACUGGAAACAUCAGAAUCUGAAAAGGAACAGAAACGCCGAAAACUUGAUGCCCACUUAUCUCAAUUGCAUUUCUCGACAGUUAAGGAUAAUCUGUGUGAAAUCAAGGAGUCCUCAGCAAAGCAUUGCAUUAACUAUACUACUCCAACACUGCCCAAGAGUAAGGAAAAAGAAAUGGACAAGAAAGAUUUGGACAAGUCCAGGGAAAGAUCCAGAGAGAGAGAAAAGAAAGAUGGCAAGGACAGGAAAGAACGGAAAAGGGAUCAUUCAAACAAUGAACGUGACUUCCCACAAGAUUCUACUAAAAGACGUAAAGAAGAAAAUGGAACAACUAGCACUUCAAAACAUUGUAGAAGUGAAAGUCCAUCUGAUUCUCCUCAUUCAAAUGAAAAAGAAAAAGAAAAAAAUAAGUCAAAAUCCUCUGGAAAAGAAAAAGGUGACUCAGUUAAAACUGAGAAGAUAGAGAAGAGCAGUUCUAGUGGGAAAAAGGUAAAUUUGUUGAAAGUAGCCACAAAAAAACCCCUUAUGAGGACUGAAUUCUAA